GCGUAGAGACAGUGGGUGAAGGGCGUAGAGACAGUGGGUGAAGGGCGGAGAGACAGUGGGUGAAGGGCGUAGAGACAGUGGGUGAAGGGCGUAGAGACAGUGGGUGAAGGGCGUAUAGACAGUGGGUGAAGGGCGUAGAGACAGUGGGUGAAGGGCGUAUAGACAGUGGGUGAAGGGCGUAUAGACAGUGGGUGAAGGGCGUAUAGACAGUGGGUGAAGGGCGUAUAGACAGUGGGUGAAGGGCAUAUAGACAGUGGGUGAAGGGCAUAUAGACAGUGGGUGAAGGGCGUAUAGACAGUGGGUGAAGGGCGUAGAGACAGUGGGUGAAAUUAUGUUGAAUUUAACAAUAAACUACAUUCAUCAAUCUGAUUCCAAUAUUAUGUGAAUAAAUGCAACAGGCCGUGUACGUCUCUGGAGGAUCUAGUCAAGGUAGCAAGCCUUGCAUCACCUCUCAGUAUGCAUUUAAUGAACAUGUGUCUAACUUGCACCGUUAUGCAAUUAUUAAGAGAGUAGAUACAAAUGGCCAAUCCUGGCAACCAAUGUUCUAGCAUUAACUUAUUGAGGCAAGCAGAUCAGCGAUUUCAAGGUGGAGCCCAAGCAUGUGCUAUGCAUCGUGUAUAUAACAAUUCCCAACAGACCUACUAAAUUAUAAACGAUAGUCAAAUAGUUACUCUGUAAAAUGAGGAAUGCAUUUAUUCAAUUCCACUAAUAACAUUUAUUAGGGAUAAUUAUGAAAACACAGAGAUGAAAGAUCAAUGAUUUUAUAAUAAAAAAGAUUAUAUUGGUGAAAUAUUUGGGUAAGCCUGGCUUCUGUUGGCAUCCAUGAAUACAUAUUCACGCAUCAUUGAGAGAUUCUGCAGUGCAGAAUAUCAUAGUUAUCACUGUGAAAUCAUCUGCUUUAACUAGGUUGUUUCAUUGUGCCAUCUUAAUGCAAUGCAAUGAAUGGUCAAAGACAAACUUACAUUUCUUUACAACAAGAAAUUACACAUCAUUAAUCUACCUUAAGGACAUAGAGACAGUGGGUGAAGGGCGUAGAGACAGUGGGUGAAGGGCGUAGAGACAGUGGGUGAAGGGCGUAGAGACAGUGCAGCUGAGCGGAGGAGGUACAGGGCAUCCACAUUAUUUUUAUUGAUUUUAAAUAAAUUAUUGGGGGGAUGAAUCGACCUGUUCUGAAUGUUGUGGGGCGACAUAUCUCCCCUGCCAAUUCCAAGCAUCAUUUACUUUACUUUUCAAUGAACUGUGAUACCUUUUCAAAAAGUGAUUUAUUGUCCACCUUCCCUACAGAAUCGCAUGCUCCAUCCAUGACAGUGUGGGGGUCCAGAUUGAAGCGCUGCAUGGGGCCUAUCGUCUACACGGCUCCGCCAGAUGGUGGCUGGGGCUGGGUGGUGGCGGUCUCCUUCUUCCUGGUGGAAGUGUUCACCUACGGAGUCAUCAAGAGCCUGGGCAUCUUCCUCCAGGACCUGAUGGGGGAGUUUGGGGAGAGCAACAGCCGAGUCUCUUGGAUCAUCUCCAUCUGUGUCUUCGUCAUGGCCUUCACUGCUCCUCUCGCUUCUGUGAUGACCAACCGGUUUGGCUUCCAGACAGUUGUUAUGAUUGGUGGACUCCUCGUCUCCAUAGGAACCAUCGCCAGUGGCUUCACCAAAUCCAUCAACGAGAUGUACAUCACCAUCGGACUCGUUGCAGGUCUAGGGUACUGUCUGACCUUCCUACCCACCAUUACACUCCUGUCCCAGUACUUCUCCCACCGACGCUCCCUGGUCACAGCUGUCGCCUCCACAGGAGAGUCCUUCUCUGUGUUCGCGCUCGCCCCAGCCUUCUCUGCUCUGAGGGACUGUAUCGGCUGGCGUUACACCCUGGUGGUGAUCGGAGCUCUACAGGGCAUCAUCAUCAUCUGUGGAGUUCUGCUAAGACCCAUCAUCAUUAGACCUGGACCAGCCACGGAGACAGAAACUGAUGGGCUGGCUGACAAAGAGCUGAAGGCUCUGAACACAGAGGAGGAGUACUACAGUAAGGAGAGGUUGUCCAUUAAGGGCAGUUCAUAUGCUAAGGAUGGGUCUUACACACUGCAGUGUGAUAGCAAGCUGGCUCAUCGUUACUCCCUGAGCUCUGGAGAGUCUGUAAACUCUGAAGUUCAGUCCCUCCAUCACCAGGUCCUGGAGGACGGCAGUAAAGCAGGGGAGGAAAUAGAGGAGGAGGCGUCUUCACAGAGGUGCUUAGGAAGCAAGAAGAAGGAGAUGGAGAAGGACGAGGAGAAGGAUGAGAAGCCGACACAAACACUAUCCCCCCAGAAACUCCUUGACUUCUCCAUGUUAAGAGAAGGCAGCUUCAUCUGCUAUGCUCUCUUCGGCCUUUUUGCCACAUUGGGUUUCUUCGCCCCUCAGCUCUACAUCAUCGAGCUGAGUGUGAACCGUGGCGUGAUGCGUCACCGCGCCACCCACAUGCUCUCCGCCAUGGCCUUUGCCGAGAUCUUCGGCCGCCUCUCCAUUGGUUGGGUGCUAGGCAGGAAGCUGUUCAGAGGCAGGAAGCCCCUGGUGCUGCUGGGAUGUGUAGUUCUGCUGUGCCUGGUGCUGGUGGCCUUUACCCUGGUGUGGGAGUUCUGGGGCCUGGCCGUGUGUUGUGGGUUCUAUGGGUUUUUUAUAGGCACCGUGUCGUCGACACAUAUACCCAUGCUGGCAGAGGAGGAUGUGGUGGGCAUAGAAAGGAUGUCGUCAGCUGUGGGGGUCUAUGUGUUUAUACAAAGCUUCGCUGGGCUGGCGGGACCACCUCUGGGAGGUGUUCUUGUGGACCUGACUCAGAACUACGGCUCAGCGUUCUACUCCUGUGCGGUGGGUAUGAGUCUAGGGGCUGUGUUCCUGGGUCUGGUACGACCAGCCAAGAGAGGCCUGCUCUGCUGCAGCACAACCAGGCCUCAGAGCAUUUCGUAUUAUUCUAAUAAUACGAAGUUCUCUGAGACCAGGUUGUACAGCAGGAGGGGGCAUCAGAACCUCCCAGAACCCAUGCAGGUGGGGCCGGGGAACCCCGUACCUCAGCGAGAGGGGAAGGAGGCCCAGGACAGAGACAGUCCUCAGGACUUCCUAGAAGUUAACCUUGAUAUGGACCAGAAAACGUUACUGAAAAAGGCCAACAGAUGACAAUCUCUACUUGAAAAGACAUCACAAAGAUCUGGUUUUGGGUGUCUGGAGAGUGGCUCACACUGAACAAAGGAAAUCCCAAUCACGGCCAGUUAUGAUACAGCCUGAAAUCGAACCAGGGUGUCUGUAGCGACGCUGAAAUGCAGUGCCUUAGACCGCUGCGCCACACGGGAGCCCAUGAACAUGAACACACUGUUUUGGCUCAUGGUAUUGUAAGAGAGGAUACAAACAAUAUGUAGAUACAUGAAGUCAGCUGUGAAAAAACAAUAACACCAUGACAUGUUGUAUUCAAUUACUUUUUUUAAACUUCACUUUACAUUUUUUAGACAAAGCAAUCACUUGGUACUAAUAAAAAAUAAAUAUCACAAUAA